CUAAAACCUUAGAGAUCUCCCUCUCAAGUCCGGGCGAAAUCAUGACGGCGCUGACAGCUCUCCUCCCCCUUCUCACCUUCACACUUUUCCUUGCCACGUCAGCACAACUGCCAGAGCCUGAUGGUUGUUCCGCCGUGCUGGUGGCGUUUUCGCCAUGUCUUCCAUACGUAUCCGCGCCGCCCAAUAACAAGGCCGAAACGGUGCCGUCUCACUGCUGUGACGUAGUAAACUCGGCUUUCGAUUCUGGCUACGGUGACUGCCUCUGUGAACCUAUCCGUCAGCCGCUCUUCUUUGGCUUUCCGAUGAAUGAAACCAGACUCCGUUCGCUGUCUUCCGUUUGCCAAUCUCCGGAGUCGAUCUGUUCCUCAGGGACAUCAGAAACGGAUUUGGGCCGCUUGACUCCUGAUUCAGAUAGUAAACAGCAAUUCCCGUUUCCUUUUGAUUCAGGUGAGCCGCCAUUUCAGAUUCCGAAACCACCUGAAUCAAAUAACCAACAAGACUUUCCCAUUCCGAAACCUUCUGAUAAUCACCCACCAUUGCCAAUUCCUCCAACAACGUCUGAUAAUCACCCACCAUUGCCAAUUCCUCCAAAAUCUUCUGAUAAUCACCCACAAGUGUCAAUUCCAAAACCUUCUGAUAAUCACACACCACUGCCAAUUCCUCCAAAACCUUCUGAUAAUCACCCACCAUUGCCAAUUCCAACAAAACCUUCUGAUAAUCGCCCACAAGUUCCAAUUACAAAACCUUCUGAUAACCACCCUCCAUUGCCCUUUCCAAAACCUUCUGCUUCAGGUAAGCAACCACAUUUGCCUUCUGAUUCAGGAAAGCAACCAGAAUUGCCUUUGCCCCCGCUUCCACUUCCAAAACCUUCUGAUUCGGGUAAGCAACCACAAUUGCCUUCGCCUCCUCUACCACUACCAAAACCUUCUGAUUCGGGUAAGCAGCCUUCGCCUCCUUUCCCACUUCCAAAACCUUCUGAUUCGGGGCAGCCACCACAUUUGCUAUCACCCCCUUCCCAUGGUGCGACAACUCCAGAAAUCCCAAAACCUUUUGAUCCAGGUCAUGAUAAUGCCUCAGCUCCAAUCACGACUUCACCUACAACUCCAAGUUCAUCCUUGAUAGUAUCCAGAGGUUCUAGAGCAUCAACAGAGUUUUACAAGAGCAAGAGCUUGUUUCUACCAGGAAUACUGAUUUCCCUUCUUGUCUUCACUCAUACAUAGUGAUACAGGUACUACUCAUUUAGAUGUUCUCACUUUCAUGUGUUAAACAACUAUGUGAUUGCCUGUAACAAGUUCAUAUAGGAGUUUUUAGGCAUAAAAGUGUGGUUUUGAUAACGAUUUCCAUCUUUAAGUUUGAGACAGAACCAUAAUAUAGCACAAACAUAAUUACAUA